GUAGCUUUUGAAUGUAACGGCUUGGGACUGAUGAUUGAUCGGCUUGACUUGAUGUGGCAACACCAUCCAGCAGCGCUGCCAUUCGAAUGGCAAGAAAGUAUCGAUGCCGUUAGCAGAGCAUAGAACAAUUAUAUAUCGAUAUUAAUAUACGUACGUGUCCAAAAUCAGCUGCGUCGUAGCAAACAAACAAUGCGGUGAAUAAAUACCUCGUAACUGGCUAUAUUAACGAAUCAAUAUACUGACGAAAUCAGUGGGAGUAAGUUGGGGAAAAAAGCCAACUAGUAGCAGAGCAAUUACAACAACAAUGACAACCACACACAAAUUGCGGCGCAAUGUUUUAGCCAGCAGCGGCCUAGCAAUCGCUUUGCUUGUCCUGUUAUAUUGGACCGAUUUUACUGGAGGCUAUUUUGCUGCGCUCGAUGACGCUGAAACGCAUAAGAAUUGUUUCUGUGAGCUCGAGGGCUCCAUCAACGAUUGCAGCUGCGAUGUGGACACUGUUGAUCAUUUUAAUAACAUGAAAGUCUAUCCGCGACUUCAGAGUUUGCUAGUGAAGAACUUCUUUCGAUUCUAUAAGGUUAAUUUGAAGCAGGACUGUCCCUUCUGGCCGGAUGACAGUCGCUGUGCCAUACGUUUUUGCCAGGUGGAAAACUGCGAGGAGCAAGCCAUACCGGAGGGCAUAAAGGAUCAAUCAGAGCAUCGUGAUAAGGCGGCUUCAUUUAAGUACACCCGUGAGGCACAGCUGGAGAAAGGCUGCUCGGAUGCGGAGGAUUUCGAUAGUGCUUUGGGUUUCCUGGACACGAGCAUCAGUGAUCAGGCUCAUAAGGAGUUCGAAUUAUGGGCCAAGCACGAUGAAGCCGAGGAAGACUUUUGCAUUGUCGACGAUCAUGACGUGGAUGCACAGUAUGUGGAUCUAUUGUUGAAUCCAGAACGUUAUACGGGCUAUAAGGGCGAUUCGGCACAUCGCAUCUGGAAGAGCAUCUAUUUAGAGAACUGCUUUGGUGGCAACAACGAGACGGCCAAUAAAUUUUCCAGUUAUAUGCCCCACAUGGAGUUGCGCGACGUCUGCUUGGAGCAACGGGCCUUCUAUCGCAUCAUCUCCGGAUUACACUCAAGCAUCAACAUACACCUGUGCUCGAAAUAUUUGUUGUCCGAAACAAAAGAUUUUCUAGAUCCGCAAGGCAUCUGGGGACCCAAUGUGAAGGAGUUCAAGCGUCGCUUCAGUCCAGAAACAACUAACGGCGAAGGCCCACACUGGCUACGCAAUUUGUAUUUCAUUUAUCUAGUCGAAUUGAGAGCUUUGGCAAAGGCAGCGCCGUAUUUGAGGCGCGAGAACUAUUAUACGGGCAUUGCCGAGGAGGAUGAGGAAGUAAAGCUGGCCAUGCACGAUAUGCUGACGGUUAUAGAAUCCUUCCAAUCCCACUUUAAUGAGAAUGCCCUGUUCAGCAGCGGCAUAGCCUCGAUUAAAUUCAAAAAUGAUUACAAAGAGAAAUUUCGAAAUAUCUCACGUAUUAUGGAUUGUGUUGGCUGUGAUAAGUGCAAGCUUUGGGGCAAACUGCAGACGCAAGGUCUGGGCACCGCACUCAAGAUACUCUACUCGGAAAAACUGAAUUUGGCAACGGAAAGUGGGAUAUGGGAUAAACCGCACAUCGAGGCGGAUCCUAUAUUCCGAUUGUCGCGCACGGAAAUUGUAGCGCUCUUCAAUGCCUUUGGCAGAUUAUCCAACAGUAUAUACGAGAUGGAAAACUUCCGACGUGUACUCAGAUAGCCAGACAUACAGUGAAACGCCCCU